CCAACCCAAUAAGUUCUUACCCUAGUUGACAAAUUUAUUCUGAUAUAUCAUUUCCUUGCUUUAGCAAAAAAAAUAAACAUGGGUGUGACCACCAUUACCACUGAGUUCAGUUGCCCAAUCCCUCCUGCUAGACUUUUCAAGGCUGCAAUCGUUGAUGCACACAACUUACUUCCCAAGAUCCUUCCCGACAAGAUUAAAUUCAUUGAGAUUCAAGGUGAUGGUGGUGCUGGAUCCAUCAAACAGAUCAACUUGGCUGAUGAUGGUCCUUUCGAAUUCAUCAAGCAUCGGAUCGAAGAAGUCGAUGAACAGAAUUUUAAGUGCAAGUUUACUCUGAUCGAAGGUGCUGUCAUAGGUGAAAAGAUUGAAAAGGUUGUGGAUACGGUUCAGUUUGUGGCCUCUGCAGACGGGGGAUCCAUCUGUAAGGGUACUUCUGAAUUUUACAUUAUUGGUGACUACACUAUGGGUGAAGAUGAAAUCCAGAUGGGCAAGGACAUGGCCACUGGGACGUUCAAGAUGGUGGAAGAAUACCUCUUGCAGAACCCAGCUGCCUAUACUUAAAAGAAUCUAUUUUAGUUGGUCUAAAACAUCAAAAGGGCUAUUAUGGCUCAAUAUCAGAAAGUCAUCCAUA